AUGGCCAAAUUUCACUCCGCUGGCCUUGUUUUUGUCAUCUGCAUUUUCCUCCUGGCAUCGCUGUUGACCUAUCUCGUCCUGCAAGAAAGGCAGAAAGUAGCGCUGAGAUUUCAACGCGGAAACCUCGAUCUAACGAAUCAGCUGGCUUCGUAUGAAAAUUUCCAAAGAGUAAAACGUGAUUUUAUGUUUGCUAGUGGCGCCAAUGAGUCCGAUCCUCAAUGCUUUCAAGUAAGAGUUUCACCUCAAAAAUGAUGACAUUUUUAACAUAAAUAUAUGUAGUUUUAUGUCUAAAAUCAUCAAUAAUUUUCUCAUGCAAGAUAAAUGUGGCCAAUUGUCUAAAAUACGUGGUAUUUAGAGCUGCAACGACGAAUGGAAGUCCGAAUUUGAGGCUGUUUUUAAUCUCUCCGUCAAGGACUAUUACGAUUUCCCCUUCCAUCCAAAGAUCCUCGACUACGAGGGCUACGAAAAAUACUGCGACAUCUCCGAAAAACAGACCAAAUGUUUCAUCGACAAGUGUAAUGAUCAGGUAUUACAAUUCGUCUCUGAAAGCUGAAAAAAGAGUUCCUUUUUAGUCCGCGGAUCGCGUCUUCUCCCCAUCCAACUUCCUUUGCAAGUUCAAACGGACAAUGUUCGUGACCGCAAGGCCUUGUCUGGAAGACGCGGAGCCUCUAAAUUUCCUGAAAUGCGAUCAGCAAUGCCACCAAGAGGCCGUGGACGCCGCCGAAAAGGAGAAGAAUCGAAUGUCUCGCGCGAAUUUGGGGAAAGUCUUCUCGGACAAUGAGCUGGACAACUACGAGGCCGAGCUGAGUCUGCUGUGCGGGUUCCAGGAGUGCUAUCAAAGUGGGUUGAAAUGGGUUUUUGCAAAUAUUUUUUCGGGAUUAGCCCGCUAUUUGAGAUACAGUGGCGGACCUGAUCCAUUGGCCAAAAACGUAUCAUUUUGCAUCCGGGAAGUAUCAAAAAUGCAGCAAAAUACCUCCCUCUUCAAGUGAAAACUCCGAUUUGAAAAGCGCGCCCACUCUUUUUGUGAGAGAAAGUGCCAUUCAAAACAAAGUUGUUUCACUUGGAGAGGGAGGCAUUUUGCCACAUUUUUGAUACUUCCCGAAUGCAAAAUGAUACGUUUUUUGCCACUGGAUCAGGUCCCUCACUGUAUGGGCAUUGCCAGAGGCGCAGCGCUGAUUAUGACAAAUUUCAAAAACCCCUUAUAGCUUGCCACGAAGAGAUUGUGAAACAAGUUUGUCCGUCCGCCUUGGCGAACGUGUCCAUCGAGCUGGUGCGGGCUUAUGUUCAGUGGCAUGCGGCGGACAUCUACGAUUGGCAUGUGCUUUCGGAGAACAUUGAGAAGCUGCCGGCGAGUUGUUCUCGACUGACCGGCUAUAAAGGGGAGGACGAAUCGAUUUUGAAGAUCAUGUCAAAUCUCUCGUGA